UGAGAGGCAUCUAUCGACUAUCAUCCGCCAUUUUUUUCGCUCUUUACGCUUCCUUCUUCCACACGGUUAGCUGCUGAGGUCGGGUUUUUGUAUAAUUAUAACAUAAUGGGUUUUGUCAAAGUAGUCAAGAAUAAACAGUACUUCAAACGGUACCAAGUCAAAUUCAAAAGGCGCCGCGAAGGAAAGACUGAUUAUUAUGCUCGUAAGCGGCUGACUAUUCAGGACAAGAACAAGUAUAAUACACCAAAGUAUAGGUUGAUUGUACGUUUGUCCAACAAGGAUAUUACGUGCCAGGUUGCCUAUUCAAGAAUUGAAGGGGACAGGAUCGUAUGUGCUGCAUACAGCCAUGAACUUCCCAAAUAUGGAAUCAAAGUCGGUCUUACCAACUAUGCAUCUGCUUACUGCACCGGCUUGCUUCUGGCUAGGAGACUUCUUAAGAAGCUGGGUUUGGAUACCUUGUACGUGGGCACCACAGAUGUGACUGGCGAUGAGUACAAUGUCGAGGAAUUAGAUGAUGGCCCAGGUGCCUUCAGAUGUUAUCUGGACACGGGAUUGAUGCGCACCACGACGGGUGCACGAGUUUUUGGCGCCAUGAAAGGUGCAGUUGACGGCGGUCUCAAUAUUCCUCAUAGUACGAAGAGAUUCCCUGGCUAUGACAGCGAAUCGAAGUCGUUCAAUGCAGAUGUACAUAGACAGCACAUAUUCGGUCAACACGUCGCGAAUUAUAUGAGAACUUUGGAAGAGGAGGAUGAUGAAGCUUUUAAGAGGCAGUUCUCGCAAUAUAUUAAGCAUGGUAUCUCUGCAAAUGAUAUCGAAAACAUAUACAAGAAGGCCCAUGAAACCAUCCGUACUAAUCCAGAACACACCAAGGUGACGAGAGAAAAACCACCCAUCAAGAAGAGGUGGAACCGUGCGAAAUUGUCAUUAUCUGAGAGGAAAAAUCGUGUGGCCCAGAAGAAAGCCUCCUUCCUCAAGACUUUGGAGGAAGCAGAGGUGUAAUCAUUUUUCUUUUUGGAUCAUUUUUGCAAUGUGUACACAGAUUUGUGUAUAAAUUGAUCAAGAAUAAAGAAAACUUAUACAAAUACCAUGAA